CGUCGUACUCGGUUCUCCGCGGUCCGCCGUUCCCGUCUAUCGCGUCCACCCUUUUCUUCCACCUCGCUGCGUCCCUCUCCGUCGCGAGCCCGAAGCCUGAAGCCCUUCUUCCGCUCUUCGCCUCCCCCGCUCCUCAGACACUGUGGCUCUGUUAUUUGGGGCUUGUCUCGCUUUCUCCCAUGGCGGCGUACGAGAGUGAUGGCUGCGGGAUCGGGGGCAAGUUCCGGAAGCGCCUCUUCCAGCGGGCCCCCGCGACGCCGUACGAUCGGCCCCAGGCGGCGGCAUGCCCCGCCCAGCCGCUUCCGGCGGAGCCGCGGGGGAACGGGUGGCUCUCCAGGCUCGUGGACCCCGCGACCCGGAUCAUCUCCUGGAGCGCAUCCCGCAUCUUCCCCAACUCCGUCUUCCAGAAGCGGCUUGGCGCCCCUCCUGCCGCGCCGCCAGAGGCAAAUCAGAGACCAGUGGAGGAAGUCAUCAAAGAACCGUCUACUAAUUCAUUACACGAAGUGCAAGAACAUCUUAGUGAUGGAAAAAAUGCAGUGAAUAGUUCCAAUGCUGGCAGCGCUCAACAUGGAACCAGUUCUCAUGUCGAUGGAGUUUUUGAACUCGAGCAACUACUGAAGCAGAAAACUUUUACAAGGACUGAGUUUGAUCACUUGACCCAGUUAUUACAUUCAAGAAUUGUGGAACCAAAUGCACGAGAAGUGGCUGUGAAUUCUGAGAAUAUAGAGAUAACAAAUGUUCGAGGUCAAACUAAUAAUGCUGUUGAAGUAAAUGUAUUACAACCAGCAUCAAGUUAUGAAAUAGAUAUGCCAACUAUUCCAGGUGAAGCAAAUAAGAAGCAGCAGUGUGCUAAUGAUGUAUCACAACCAAUGUCAAGUUUCAAUAAUAAGGAUAAAAGAGUUGCUUCAGAACAAGAAAGAAGAGAGGUAUUUUCUGGGUUACAUGAAAUUGUUACAGUUCCUGCACCUGGCCUGGCUAGUACCAAGGAAGAAGCUGCCUCGUCAACAAAAAUUAAUAAGACACAUAUGAGUUCUAGGUUUUUUAAAUCUUCUGCAUCUCUAAGCGUGCAAAAUAAAUUAUUUCGGGACGAUAGAGCAAUGCCAAUUGGAACACCGUAUGCAAGGAAACCAUCCAAUCAUUCGUUGGUAUUGAGAACUGCAGUCCGCAAUUCUGAACCUGUUGAAACUAGACGAAACAGCUUGUUGAGUUCAGGAAUUUAUGGCAGAUCAGCAAUAUAUAAAAUGUCUCGUUCUCCAUACUUCAAGCCCUGUUCAAUGGCUAACUUAGGGGGUGACAGAUCUUCGCUGGAUGACUAUGGUUGCCCCUCUAUGUCUGAAAACAUUACACACUCUGGUGGCAGACAGACGUUUAAACGAGGGAGAUCACUUUUAGAGGAUGAUAUCGGAUCAUCUGGUCCCACCCGUAGGACACAUCAGAAGUCCAACUUGAUGUCUCCAUUAGCAAGUCCAUACUUGUCGCGGGGGAAUUCUCUGCCUUCUUCAUCAACUCGUGUUGAUCAAGGUUCUGUAACUUUAAACCAAAAGCUUCUCCAUUUGAAUGAACAAGAGAAUGACCAUAGUGAGUUUCAAACUGUAGAAAAUAGUGGGGUUCCUUCUGUUCCACUUCCUCCCCAGUCCAGUGAGAUGGCUAGGAAAAUUCUACAGCAACCUGAUAAACUGGUGACUUCUCCAAAAGGGCAAUCCUCUAAUCUGAAAAUUGACAUGGAUGAAUCACCAUUUCUGUUGACUCAUAACAUGCUUCAUGGACAAGCUCUUAAAAGCAUGGAGGAAAUUGAUAUGUCUAAGUUUUUGAAUGUGCAAAAAAAUGGCAGUUUGAAAUCUCCCAGUGAUUCACACCAAAAAAGUUUUGGAAAUACUAUUUCUCAGAAGCAAGACAAGUCUGAAGAAAAUGGCUCUACCAAGAGUGCUGUUAAAGGGGUUCGAUUUGCAUCUACAAACUCUGUUCUCGAGAAACCUAAUAACGUAUCUGGCAGAGAGGCCAAACCUAGUACGACAACUGCUCAUUUUGUUGUUUCAGGUGCUGCUACAACUACCUCACAAAAAAAACCAUCAUUCCAGAUGAGUGCACCCGAGGAUCUUGUCGAGUUGGAUGAUGAUAGCGAUGAUAUAAAGGAUUCUCCAAGUACAGCUACUAUUGUUGGUAAUAAUAAACCUUUGUUGAUAUCGAAGUGUGAGAUUACACACGAAAAGCCUAAAUUGGAGAAAUCUAUGAAAUCUUCCUCUAAUAAUAUUUGUACAUCCAUGGGGGUAUCGGAUGGGGAUUCCACCAAGAUAUCCAAUGGGCUUGGUAUGGAAAAAAUGAAUGGAUUUUUUUUCUCUGCUGCACCUGCUUCAACCAUUUCAUCUCAAGUACCAUUAAUGGUUUCUAAUUUCACGACAUCGCUUAUGAAAUCAGCCCCACAGUGUGAGGAAACCCCUGCUCCUACAUUUAAAGCUGAUUUGGUGGAGCUUGCAUCUGGAUCUGCUUCAACUGCUGCUGGUGCUAGUGGCCUUGGUUUCAGUAAUGCCCCGACAGCAACUGUAUUAGAAGGCUCAAAAGGUGAAGUUGUCCAAACUUCAAAAUGUGGGGACCUAUUCAAUGCAUUUGGGAAUGCUGCAUUGCCGGCCUUAUAUGUUUUUGGAGCUUUUAGGACAUCUGAACUAAAUGAUGGCAUCACUUCAUCCACUGCCAUAUCUUCAGCUCUUGUUGCUCCGUCCAUGACAUUGGGUGCUUCAUUCGCACCAGGUUUCUCCACCAGCACCAGCAUGGCACCUAAUUCUUCAGCUACCAUCUCAUCUGAUGCACCUAUAUUUUCCACAAUCCCCUCCUUCCAGUUUGGUGCUAGUGGCUCUUUUGGUGCUUCUAAUGCAGUAACUUCAUCAACAGAAAAAUCUGAGUCUACCAAUUUGGUGGGAGAGUCUGUCAAGUCAUCUGGUUUCAGUGUAAGCAGCUCUGCUCCUCUACUAGGUACAUCUGCUGCAUUUUCAAGCACCAGAAGCAACAGCUCAGCCGUUCUGACACCAUCAAUAUUCGCAAGCACGAGCAAUAGCUCCUCUGCUCUGCCAGCGCCAGCAUUAUUUAGUACAGCCACUGGUGGUUCUUCUGCUAUGUCAUUGUCGUCAGGUUUCUCCACAAGCACCAGCAUGGCACCUAGUUCUGCAGCUACCAUCUCAUCUGCUGCACCUAUACUUUCCACAAUCCCCUCGUUCCAGUUUGGUGCUAGUGGCUCUUUUGGUGGUGCUAGCACAGUAACUUCAUCAACAGAAAAAUCUGAUUCUACCAAUUUGGUGGGAGAGCCUGUCAAGUCAUCUGCUUUCAGUGUAAGCAGCUCUGCUCCUCUAGGUACAUCUGCGGCAUUAUCAAACACCAGAAGCAACAGCUCAGCUGUUCUGACACCAUCAAUAUUUGCAAGCACAAGCAAUAGCUCCUCUGCUCUGCCAGCGCCAGCAUUAUUUAGUACAGCCACUGGUUCUUCUGCUGUGUCAAUGUUGCCAGGUUUCUCAACUUCAUCCAAUGGAUUCAGUGGUUUUGGUUCAUCACCACAAUCUGGUGGUGCCAAUUCAUUGUUUUCAAGUAACAGUUCUCAGAACUUGACAGUGUUUGGCACAACAGCAGAAUCUAGUUUCAGCACUCGGCCAGCACAGUCUGGAACUGGGAUGUCACAUGCUUUGCCAAUAUCAUCAUCUAAUACCUUCGGUUCAUCAAUUCCUACGACAACGUUUGGUCUAAGUGGCACUUCCUCAUCUGGUUCUGCAAGCUCAUCAUUUGGUUUCUCAACGCCUGGUUUGGAGCCUCUUGGUUCAAGUUCUGGCUUCUCUUUCCCUACUGCUACUGGGUCAUCUUCCAGUUCUGGCAGUAGUAGUACCGUUCCACCGGCAAAUAGUUUUGUUUCAAGUACUGGGUUGUCCACCAUUUCAACUUUAAGUGCUGGCGGCGGCAGCAGCUCCCAUGUAUGGUCUACGCCUUUUGUUUCAAGUGGCUUUUCCUUUGCAGCAAGUGCUAUUUCAUCAGCAAAUUCCAGUGGAAAUUUAUCCCUUGUAGCAGGUCUUCCAUUUGGGUCAGCUCCCUCUUCAGGGAGUUCACCUUUCAUGUUUGGUUCAUCAUCAGGGUCAGUUUCUUCAUUCACUUCAGUUGGAAGCACAACUUCACUGAUUUCUCUUGUGCAGCCUGUGUUUGGAGCACCAAAUCAGACAAGUGGUUUGAAUUCAGGUUCACCUGGAAAUGACCAGAUGAAUGUUGAGGAUAGUAUGGCUGAUGAUUCUGUCCAGUCUUCGGUUCUUCCGGCAGUGAAAUUUGGACAACCAACAAAUACACCUGCAUCUCCUAACUUUGUGUUCGGUUCCCCAGCUACUCCUGGUGGGACAACAACCUUUCAGUUUGGCAGCCAGCAGAAUAAUUUUAUGCCUCAAAGCCCAUCUCCAUUUCAACCAGCUGGAAAUUUAGAGUUUGCUGCAGGAGGAAGCUUCUCUUUGGGAAGUAGUGGUGGUGGUGACACGUCUGGUCGAAGGACAGUGAAAGUAAGACGAGAUAAGCAUCGGAAAAGGUAGGGGAGGAUUCGAGUUGAUCGAGAUGCAUUUGCGGCACUAGCUUGAUGGCUUUUGUUUAUUAUUUGAUGGCAAAGGAUUUUGAUGUCAAAAGGUAAGUGUUAUUUGUCUCAGAUCAAAGUGCAUGGUCUCUGGAGUCUGGGCGAAUGUUCUCCAGAAUGUAAGUGUACUUUCCCUGUCAUUUUAGAUUUCAGCUUGCACUCAAAAGUUUUACUUUCACCUCCAAGUAUUUUAGGGUUUUCCAGCCUCCUUCAGCCUAUAUCAUUGCACUUUUGGUUUCUUUAUAAACCGUAUGAAGGACUAUUGCACUUUGGCUUUGGUGUCAAGUAUCGACAUCCAUUGUUGGUAUGCUUGUACUUCAUACUUGUAUUGUGGAGCUCAUAACACCAUUCUUAAUGCAAUCUCUAUCACAUAUCAGCGAUCAUCGCAUGUGAGAACUUAAAGUUUGAUGCAUGUUUUCUCUUUUGACACCAUUCUGUGAUUAUUAUAGAACAAAUGCUGCCAUUUUUCCUCAAAUUGUUCACAUGGUCCACUGCCUCUGUCAUCACAACCAGCCAGUACCAAACAAAAGCAAACAAAGAUGGCUUUCUUUCUACAAGGAAUCGCCAAAUCAACUGAUCUUGAACUUCUAAGAUUCAUAAAAAUUUUCUGUUGCAUAUCCUGGAAGUUAUAGAAGGAACUCAAGUGAUCUAGUUUUCUGAUCUGGGUUUUGGUUUAUCACUAAAUUUUAGUGUAUUUUAAUAAUAUUUAGUGUAUGAAUGGUUCCUAAACACUCCAAGCAGAUUUAACCGUUGCUGUUUGAUUAGUUUUUAGUUUGUUUUCUGAACCUUAGGGGGAAUGAACUAACAACUGGAUUGUUAUGUCUAACUCACAAAGCCUGUCAUAUACAGAUGGGAUAUUAAUCGGAUUCUCUUAUCGGCACCAGACUAUUAGACAAUUAUGUAAUUUCAAUUUGAAAAAGAGGUUUUUUUAUUUCACAUUCAUCUAGACCUGUUCUGUGGAUAGUAGUCAAGCAUUUUUUCAUGUUCAUCUAUCUUCUUUUUUUUGUCUACUUUCUUAAUUGGGCUGAUGCUGAUUGGCUUGUGAACGAUUGCACACUUUGAUGAGGUAGUUGUCAGGGCUUGAAUUUUUUGACAUUAAAAAUGCUGGUUUUGAGUGACAUUGUUUGCUGAUUUAUGAAACUGUAGUCUUUACUCUAUAGUGUAACAACUGCAGAAAGUGGGGUUGUAUUAUGUAUUUCCUCAUCAUCAUAGCAAGAAUUGUUAAUCUUAGAUCUGUCAUUGUUCUGUUCCGUGGACCUGAAGAAUGAUGUCUCUGAGGAACUGUGCUGCUGCAUCAGGAUCAGUCAGUUUGAUGAGAUGUCUGCAACCUAGUUUUUUUGCUUUAGAAGAUCUGUGUGGUUGAUUUCUGUUUGCUUUAGCGAAGCUACAUGUGUCUGCUGGAGUCAGCUGUUGCAAUCACAAGUCGGAAGAGUUCUUUGACAAAUUGCACUUUGAACCAGUUUAUAAAGGGUUGAUGACCAUGUUCAGGUUCCUAGUUCCAAAUUUAAGAGAAAUUGGCCAAGUUUCAAGUUUCUUUGCCAUCUAAAAAGCUGAUAUUGCAACUCUCGACACUAUUCAUUGCAUGUCAUCCCGAUAUAAGGACCUGAAAACUGAUUUCUAAUGAUGGCAAUUGCUCCUGAUACAAGAUGUGUUGAUGUAUUAUGCCCUAACGUAACCUGAUCUUUUUCCUGAGGUCUUGUAUGGCUCUAAAGUCAGAAAAGCUGUUCUACUCGUCGCAUCAUGUUGGUGGUUUUCAUUUUACGAAGUUUUUGAUAGUAUGUUGGAACAACAACAGUUUCAAGUGAGAAAUGAAGGCAAUAUUGCAAGAAUGUCAAGUGUGCAAAGCUGUAAUCAAUCAUGUUCCAGACACGGAGGUAAUCAAUGGAAUGCUGGCUAGAAGAUGGUGGGCUUUGUUUUAACUUGGUACAAGAGAGCAUCCAUAUCUGGUGAUCUGUUAUAUGGUGUUGUUUUUUCUGCUUUCAACAUAUGUAACAGAUAGUUUGCUGGAAAUGGUGUUUAGAUUCUGGAAUGCUGUGUUCUUUCUAGCUAUUAAUGUUUCAUUUUUUGCUUUGCUUUGUUCUCA